UAUAAGAUAUAUAAUUUUAAAUAAUAUAUUACGUAAAAUAUUUCUAAAUACUGUAAGGAUAGCACGUUCACUUCUAAAACAAUUCUAUUAGCACCUCACAAUUCGAUGAUGACACAGCCAUGGAUACCAGAGAAUGACUAUUAUUCAAACGAGAUAAUCGUCACCAUAUAAUUUGUCAUACAUUUCAAUGAAUGCAAUGAUGUGCCUGCAUCGUGGUAAUCGCUCCGUCCAUAAACCACGUACAGAUUUGACCCGGUUAUUUUGUUAUCUCAGAUAUAUUUCGACGGUUACAUCCCUCGAAGGUGGUGGUGGAUUUGAACAUAAAAGCACGCAACAAGCUAGCUUGGUACAGUGUGCCUCCGAUAGCACUACACACACGAACGUAAAAUUAUUCAGCACCAACAUGCUACGUUUGUCGACGUUUUGCAUGUUACUGGCCCUUGCGAUUGCUCAAAGUGGCUAUGAGUACAAUAAACCAGGCAGGCCGUUUGGGACAUCUACACCAUCUAGCAGACCAGGCUACAAGCCUGGGCAGACGGCUGCGUAUCCCGGUUCGUCCUACCCAACAACUUCCCAAAACGGAGAGUAUACACCUAGUAGCUUAGGAACUACUCCGAAUUACCCAGGAUUUAAUCGGCCUCAGACUGGCUAUCCUGGGCAAACACCGGGUGGUCCUACCGGCCCUAUAGCUGGUCCAGGAGGAAAUUAUCCAGAUCAAGGUGGGAAGUAUCCCGGCCAGGGUGGUAGCUACCCAGGCCAAGGUGGUAAUUACCCCGGGCAAGGUAGCAACUACCCUGGACAAGGUGGUAACUAUCCUGGGCAGGGUGGAAACUUACCAGGACAAGGUGGCAACUACCCUGGACAAGGAAGCAAUUACCCUGGACAAGGUGGUAACUAUCCUGGGCAGGGUGGAAACUUACCAGGACAAGGUGGCAACUACCCUGGACAAGGAAGCAACUACCCUGGACAAGGUGGUACCUAUCCUGGGCAGGGUGGAAACUUACCAGGACAAGGUGGCAACUACCCUGGACAAGCAAGCAACUACCCUGGCCAAGGAAGCAAUUACCCUGCACAAGGACAAACGCCAGAACGUCCAGGUUUUGGUCCAGGAGGUCCUGGUUUUGAUAACUCUGGUGCCUAUGAUAAUGGUGACUAUUCUGCCAUCCCCGGAGAACCGGACAAGGACUACCCCAUACUAUCAACUAUCCCAGAAACAUCAUUCAGAUGCGAUGCUCAGCCUUACCCUGGUUAUUAUGCUGAUAUAGAAACUCGCUGUCAAGUUUUUCAUGUAUGCGCAAAUAAUAUUACCUAUGACUUCCUAUGCCCGAAUGGUACCAUUUUCUCACAAGAAUACUUUGUUUGUGUCUGGUGGAAUCAAUUUGACUGCAAUUCAGCUCCAAGCUUCUUUGAACUUAACGCAAACUUAUAUGAUUAUUCAAUUAUUGGGUCUCAACUGCCUGGCUUCCCACAAGGACCUCAGCAACCUAAUGGAUUUCCUCAAGGACCAGUAUCGUAUCCUCAAGGUCCCCAGCCGUCAGGUGGCUUUCCUCAAAAACCACUACCAUCUGGUGGAUAUCCCCAACGACCCCAACAACCUAGUGCAUACCCUCAAGGUCCACAACAGCCUGGUACUUUUCCAAACACAUUAGGGCCACAAGGACCAUCUUAUCCAGGAAACGUAGGACCUUCGACGACUUAUCCCGGAAGCAUCGGACAAACAACAGGAUUUCCAAGUGGUCCUAAUCAAGGUCCCUCAACAGGUUUUCCCGGUAGUAUUAGUACCCAAGGCCCAGGUUCUUACCCAGGCUCGCAGCAGCCGAGCUCCUACCCCAGUGGAUCUAGCCCACAAGGUCCCUCUGGAUAUCCAGGCAGCUACACAACACCAAGUUCCAACGGUCCUAUUUAUCCAGGUACGGGGCCAGGAAGCAAUCAAGGAUAUCCAUCAGACAAACCAUCUGGUCCCAGUUUUCCCACAGGAACAACAAGACCCCAAACCUCCGGUGACGGCAAUUAUCCGGCUCAACAACCGAACAGAGAAUACCUACCACCAAGAAAUUAAAUUAAGCUCUUGUAAAAAGACCUUUAAUUUCCAUGUUGCUCGAUAGCCGAUCAUCGAAAAAAUCGUUGACAAAAGAGAUUUUGGUGCUUAACAAUUAUAAAUAGUCUAGGUUGUAGUCUAGUUUUUAAGAAUAAAUUUUAUGGAUAAAA